AUGUCUGGUGUUGUACGCGGCCCCGCUGGGAACAACGACUGCAGAAUAUAUGUAGGAAAUCUUCCUCCUGAUAUUCGCACUAAAGAUGUGGAAGAUGUGUUUUAUAAGUACGGCACCAUACGAGACAUUGACUUGAAAAACCGAAGAGGAGGUCCGCCCUUUGCGUUCAUUGAGUUUGAGGAUCCUAGGGACGCAGACGAUGCCGUGUACGGUCGUGAUGGAUAUGACUAUGAUGGGUACAGACUGCGUGUGGAGUUUCCCCGCAGCGGCCGAGGUUCCAGGGGAGGUGGAGGAGGAGGAGGUGGUGGUGGUGGCGGCGGCGGAGGUGGUGGAGGUUUCGGGGGGAUCGGAGGUGGUGGAGCUCCUAGAGGCAGAUACGGGCCUCCCUCCAGGCGCUCUGAAUACAGAGUCGUCGUGUCUGGUCUUCCACAGAGUGGCAGCUGGCAGGAUCUGAAGGACCACAUGCGUGAAGCAGGAGAUGUGUGUUAUGCUGAUGUUUACAGAGAUGGGACAGGAGUGGUAGAGUUUGUGCGCAAAGAAGACAUGACCUAUGCUGUUCGAAAGCUGGACAACACCAAAUUCCGCUCACACGAGGGAGAGACUGCUUAUGUUCGAGUGAAACUAGACGGCCCUCGCAGCCCCAGUUAUGGAAGGUCACGAUCUCGCAGCCGCGGAAGUAGAAGCAAAAGUCGCAGCGCCAGCCGCAGUCGCAGCAAUUCCCGGGGCAACGGCAGAGGAUCGCCACGCUACUCGCCACGCCACAGCCGCUCUCGCUCCCGAUCCUAA